AUGCGGUUAACACGUCCCGUCCGGAGUCGCAGCUAUGGUCAACUGCGAAUUUUUGACGAGAUUCGCGUUGUUGAGCUAGACUCAUUCGGCCAACGUUCAUUAACCGUCGACGGAAAUGGGGAUACUCGGGAUAGCAAUGGGUAUAAGGACAGUGAGACGGUUACAUUCUCUCACCAGAGCCUGGAUAAGGUUCUAUCAAACAUGGUCAUUGUUGUCCCCUGCAUGAACGAGAAUCUUGAUAUUAUUCGAAACGUCAUUGAAGCCAUCCCGGCUUCCUGUGCGGUUAUUCUGGUCAGCAACUCUCCGCGGAACGAGUAUUUGUUGCAGGUGGACAUGCUGAAGAAAAGUUUCAGCAGAACAAGGCGACUAAUGGUCUCAAUCCAUCAAAAAGACGCUGCAGCAGCAACUGCUUUCGCAGCUUCUGGUAUGAAGGAGCUGUUGGAUCCGGUAGACGGCACCAUUCGCGAUGGCAAAGGGGAGGGUAUGCUUCUGGCUAUUGCUGUUGCGGCCAGCUUCUUCCCAAAACACCGCUACGUCGGCUUCGUCGAUGCUGACAACUUUAAUCCGGGAUCUGUGAGUGAAUACUGCCGAGCCUAUGCCGCCGGCUUUGCUAUGUCAGCGGACCCUGAAGUUGAGCAUUCCAUGGUCCGCUUGCGCUGGGCGUCAAAGCCAAAAUUUCGCAACGGCGAGUUCGAGUUCGUCUCGGAAGGAAGGUGUUCAAGAGUUGUCAAUCGAUGGUUGAACAAGUUGUUCAACCCAGGAGCAGAGCAGUACUUCAGCGAACAAAGCAGACGAUUAUCAUCAGCUGUAUCACUGACAAAUGAUGCAUCUCAUGGAGACGACCUCAAGCCGUUCGUGUCGACAGGAAAUGCGGGGGAACAUGCCAUGACCAUGGAGUUGGCCUUGAAGUUGAGAUUUGCCGCCGGCUAUGCCAUCGAGCCAUUCCACUAUGUGGAUUUGCUUGAGCGCGCUUGUUUCAUGCUGAGACAAGGGAUAAAGGAGUCGUCUAACAGUGUCAAGCGGCUCAGUCUCAAUGGAAUAACCAGGUCGGCGGUGCUUCCUCACGCCCAGCCGCUGAAGAAGCCUGUGAAAAUCCUACAGAUCCGCACUCUCAACCCUCAUUUCCAUCGCUCCUCCGGCCAAGAGCAUAUUAGACGCAUGUGGGCUGCUGGACUCGGCGCUAUUUAUCACAAUUUAGCGCCCUACUCUCAAAUUUCUGGCGUGGAAACGGCCAACAUCUGUCAAUUCCGGCAGGAUAUGCAUGCGUUUGCGGUCGAGCACGGCGGCAUAAGUGAAGAAACAGGUGAACUACCCCGCCCAACGGUCUAUCCGGCCCUUGAACAGGCCAACUUGGAGUUAUUCCGGGAAGUAAUGAAACAAAAGAGCGAGUUGAUGAUAUGGGUGCGGCCGGUCUGA